AUCUAAGUAUUAUUUCAGUAUCUAACUAUUUAAAUACCUAUCACAUCACAAUUAAUUACAUGGAAUGAAUGUAAAUGCAUUUCCAUUGCACCUCACAAAAUAGUUCCUCUUCAUCUCUUCAAUUUAAAAAAAAAAAAUANAUAUCCAAUUUUUUUUUUUUUUUAAAAAAAAAAAAGAAAAAACACACACACACACAAAACACACAGUUUAUUAUUUACAAAUGGAGAUCAAAUUUUCAUUUUCUCUAGCUCUUCAUCUUUGCCUACUCCUAAUCAACCACAAUCUCCACCAAACCCUCUCAUCACCAAUCUUCAACCUCACCACCGACCGACAAGCCCUCGUCGCCUUCCGAACCGCCAUAACUUUCGACCCGACCGAAACCCUAACCGCCAACUGGUCCGCCACCCCAAUCUCCUCCCCAUGCAAUUGGGCCCACAUCUCAUGCGGCCCAAGACACCAACGCGUCACAAGCCUCAACGUAUCGGGCCUCGGCCUUGUCGGGCCCAUCUCCCCACACCUCGGCAACCUAACUUUCCUCCGAACACUUGACAUGGGCUUCAACAACUUCACGGGCCCAAUACCGCCUGAGCUGUCCAAACUCCGCCGGCUCGUGACGCUAAACCUAGCGAGCAAUCGGCUCGUGGGCCCGAUAUCGAGGCCCAUUUUCAACGUCUCGUCGUUUAUGAAGAGAAUUGAUAUGGGAGGGAACAUGCUGACGGGCGGGAUUCCGGACGAUGUGUGCGGAAAUUUUCCGAGACUCGAGAGGUUGAGGCUAUCGGAAAAUGAGCUCGAGGGGAGGAUUCCGGCGAAUAUAUCGGAUUGCCGGCGGCUUGAGGAGCUUAAGCUAGCGAGGAAUAAUUUUAUUGGAGAGAUACCAAGUGGGGUUUGGAGCUUGCCAAGGCUUAGGGUUUUGUCUCUAUAUGAAAACCAGCUCACAGGGUUUUCGGCACGAGAACCAGGGUAUGUGGCGCAGAUUGAGGUUUUGGAUGUUGGGGAAAAUAAUUUGAGAGGAAAUCUCCCAUCUUUUAUCUUCAAUAUUUCUUCAUUAGUAACCCUAAACCUCAGCUCCAACAGUCUGUCUGGGAGCUUCCCAACUGAAGCCUCGUACAAUCUUCUAGCGCUUCAACAGUUGUACCUUGACUCUAACAUUUUGACAGGUAGAAUACCAAACCAACUUGGAAAUCUCACUUCCUUGAGUACGCUGGUACUUAAUUCUAAUAGUUUCAGUGGUGAAUUACCACAAGAACUCUGUAACUUGACCAAUCUUCAGUAUUUCCUCGCGGGCUAUAAUAACUUCUUAUCAGGUCCAAUCCCACCUUCCCUAUUCAAUAUUUCAACAUUGACCAUUUUAUCCCUCCAACAAAACCUUCUCUCCGGUAUCCUCCCUCAUGACAUUAUCCCACCACAAUCCAGCCUUCAACAGCUUAUCCUAUCCCUCAACAGGCUAUCCGGCCCAAUCCCGAGCUCCAUCGUCAAUGCCUCGGCCCUCACUCUACUCGAGCUCAACCGAAACUCGUUCUCCGGAUCCGUACCAAACUUCGGCACCCUUACAAACCUACGAGCCCUUCGACUUUGGGAGAACAACUUAACCACAACUGGAGAACUUACCUUCAUAUCCUCACUAACCAGCUGCCGAAACCUCCAAGUCCUCGAAAUUUCCGACAAUCAACUCAACGGCAUACUCCCAGCCUCGGUCGGGAAUCUUUCCCCGUCCCUUACUCGGUUCGUGGCUUCGCGGUGUGGGAUCGUGGGCCCCAUCCCACCCGAGUUUGGUAGGUUAGAAAAUCUCGAAACAAUGGCGCUAACCGGGAACCGGCUCACGGGAUCCAUACCAUCCGAAAUAGGAGAACUGAGUCAGCUCUACACGCUUGCGGUAGGUGGAAAUCGACUGAGUGGCCACAUCCCGAUUGAUAUUUGCCGGUUGAGCCGUUUAGGGCAGUUGUACCUUUACGACAACGAGCUCGUGGGCCCGGUUCCCAAUUGCUUGGGGGAGCUCGACUCUCUAACUGAAAUCUACUUCAACUCGAACGACCUCAAUUCCACCAUACCUCCCGGCUUGUGGGAUAUCCGGGACCUCGGCUUCUUAGACCUAUCCCGAAACUCGUUUGACGGACAGCUGUCGCCUCGGGUCGGGAGCCUCACGGCUCUCCGAACCCUCGACCUGUCAUCAAACCACCUCACGGGCAAUAUCCCGAGCUCGAUCGGCGAUUGUCGAUCGCUCGAUUACCUAUCCCUAGCCAAUAACAACUUCGGAGGGCCCAUCCCCCGAUCUUUAGGCGAAAACCUCAGGGGACUGACGGCUCUAGAUCUGUCUAACAACAGCCUUACAGGGUCGAUACCCGAGUCGUUGCAAAACAUCGGCGACCUCCGGGAAUUCAACGUUUCGUACAACGAUCUCGAAGGGGUCAUCCCGGAUGAGGGGCCUUUCCGUAAUUUCACCGAGCGGUCGUUCUCCCACAACUCGGCGGCGCUCUGCGGGCUGGCAAGAUUCGGAGUGCGGCCUUGCCGCGGCGGUAGAAACUCGAAAAGAUCAACCGUUCUAACGGCGAUCAAACGUUACGUCGUUCCGUCGUUCGUCGUCGCGGCGGCUAUCGUGUCGGCAGUCGCGGUUCUUCUCUUGAGGCGGCGGUGGAAGAAGAAAUCGAGAGCGCGGCGGGCCCAACCUGCCGAGCUCGAGCUCAAGGCCGCGUACCGGAGGAUAUCGUACCUCGAGCUCGAGCGCAGCACGAACUCGUUCGGCGAGAUGAAUCUACUCGGGAGGGGCGGGUUUGGGUCGGUUUUCCAGGCGUCGCUCGACGACGGGUCGGAAGUGGCCGUAAAAGUUUUCGACAUGCAGAGUGAAGCAGGGGAGAGGAGCUUCGACACGGAGAGCGUGAUUUUGAGCACGAUACGACAUAGGAACUUGGUCCCGGUUAUCGGGUGUUGCGCGAACACGGAGUUCAAGGCGUUGAUUCUCGGGUACAUGAGCAACGGGAGCCUCGAGAAAUGGCUGCAUUCAGUUGGCGAUGGCCGGUUUUUGGAUCUCGAGCAGAGGUUGAGUGUGGCGGCCGAUGUUGCGUUGGCCUUGGAGUAUCUUCACCACGGCCACACGUUUCCGGUUGUACAUUGUGACGUGAAGCCGAGCAAUGUUUUGCUCGACGAGGAUAUGACUGCACACGUCUCGGAUUUCGGGAUUUCCAAGCUUUUCGACGAUGGGGAGACGAUGAUUUUGACUGAGACGUUGGCUACCGUCGGCUACGCGGCGCCAGAGUACGGGAAGGAAGGGAAGGUAUCGACAAGUGGGGACGUGUAUAGCUACGGGAUACUGUUGCUGGAGAUGUUCACCGGAAAGAAGCCGACCGACGACACAUUUAGCUCGGAAAUGAGCUUGCACGAGUGGGUAAACCGAGCACUUGCGCGGGAAAAUGGGCCAAUUGAGGUCUUGGGCCCGGGCCUACUGUCACCAGACGGCCCGCAUUUCGAGGCCCGCAAGAAGUGCGUAUCGUCCGUUUUCGAAUUGGCGAUGAAAUGCACAGCCGAGUCGCCGGACGAGAGGAUCAACAUGGUACAAGCGGUUGCUGCAGUGCAUAAUAUCAGGGCUGAACUUACCAAAUCAACAGCAGAGACCAACAAUAUUAGGCGUUUACAGUUAGGAGUGUAGUUAAUUAAACUGUUAAUAAGUGAUAUAAUGUGUUCGACGUGGAAAUUGGAAUGCCACUUAUAUAAAAAUAGGAUAUUAGCGAGUUCAUACGUGCUAAGCAAAUUUGGGCUCAUAUAUUAGUUCAAACAAAAUAAAAGUUGUGUGGAUUUGUUAUUUGAAAUUAAAUAAAAUGCAUACUUAUUAGAGCAA